ACGCAGUGUUUGUGCUCGAAGCCGGGCGCGAGCGCCGCGAUGGCGCGCCAGUGCCGCUCGCCGUCGCCGCCCGAGGCGCUGCUGCAGGUGAAGGUGGUGGGGGUCUUCCAGAGCUCCGGCUUUCAGAUGGCGAAGAGCACCGCAGAGUGUCUGAAGAGUAAUUUUCCAUCCAAAUUUGAUGAUCCUAUAAUGGUUCCUCUUCAAGAAUUUGCAUGGGAUCAAUAUCUACAGAAGAAAAAAAGGGAACUUAAGAGUGAAGUCUGGGAAUAUUCUUCCAAUGUCAUGUGUUUUAUUAAUGAUCAGCUGCUGGGUGAUGCACUUGAACUUCAGAAAUGGGCCCACAAGGUGUGGGAUAUGAUUGACUUUAAGCCCCCUGCACUUUAUGAGGCACUUACUGUAGAUUUUUCUACUAAAUUCCUAAGCGACACCAAGCAUGAUUUUGUGUUCUUGGAUGUUUCUAUUGAUCUUAAUCCAAUUGGAAGAUUGGUUUUUGAGCUAUACUGUGAUACAUGCCCCAAAACAUGUAAAAAUUUUCAGGUCUUGUGCACAGGAAAAGCAGGGUUUUCUCAAAGUGGCAUCAAGCUACAUUAUGUCGGUUCGAUUUUUCAUCGAAUAGUAAAGAAUGCUUGGAUACAAGGAGGAGAUAUAGUGGCUGGAAAAGGAGAUGGUGGAGAGUCAAUUUAUGGACCAACAUUUGAAGGCAUUUGGAUGUAGGCAUUUGCUACAUCAGUCUCUGCUACCAUCCCCAAACAAGAAUAGACAACAGGACAUGAUGAGCCGUCUGUUGAGAGAACACACCACCAAAUGGAUAGAACAGGAGUCUGAUUGAGCUUCUGGAUCCAGCUGCCAAUUUGCAAGAAAUAUGACCAGUUCUGCCAUAAUGUGUUAAGGAUCUCUGUGCUAUGUAAAAUCAUGCAAUAGAAACCACAAGACUUAUGGCAGAAACGAGAUGAAAAACAAAACGUUCUCUUAAAAAAUAAGACAGUAACCUAAUAAAAACAGAAACAGUUUUACACAUAUGUUAUGGUUAUGAAACACCCGGAGGAAACCACUCUUG